AUGUACGGCUGCACACCCGGAGGUCCUGGGUUCGAGUCCCGGGUCGGGCCAAGUUUAGUUAUUGAGUCUUUCUGUAUAGCCUCAAUAACAGCCCGGAGUUGGGAAGUUGGCGGUGUUUCACCUCCGUGUCUCGGAGAGCACGUAAAAGCCGUCGCUAAAGAAGCGCGACAACGCCGACUCGACCCGCUGGGAGCCGAUCGGCGUCAGGCCGCGACGCAUUCAUUAAAAGCGCAAUUAGCGGAGUGCGCCAGUGCAGCGCCUCGUGCUCCCACAUUACGGAAUGUCAUUCGUCAAAAUUUCCCAGAAGAGUGUUCUCCGGGUUUGAGCCCUCCAUCCCUCGCCCCCCUCCUCCCCGCGCGCGCGCCCUCCCGCCCCGCGCCGGCCGGGCCGCCACUCCGGCAGUCGACCGCCCGCCCUCGCGCCGUGACGCAACCCUAUACCACGAAGGCUCGGCACCGACAAACUUUUCCGAUAUCUCGCUUGAUAAGUUCGACGAAGGUUUCGAAAGUUCAGUACUGUGCGUUAGAAAAAGUUUUAGUUUUAGUGAAAUUUAGAGUUGAG